AUGCCCCUUGCUGCCGCCGACUGGCCCAUGGCCCAGUCUGUUGAACAGAUCGCCGCCAACCUGGCCACCGUGCGCCAGCGCAUCGCCGACGCCUGCGCCCGCGCUGGCCGUGAUCCGGCCAGCGUGCGCCUGCUGCCGGUCAGCAAGACCGUCGAUGACGCCCGCAUCCGCAUGGCCGUGGCCGCUGGUUGCCACGAACUGGGCGAGAACAAGGUCCAGGAGGCACAGCGCAAGGCCGAGGCCAUGGCCGACCUGGGCGUGCACUGGUCGGUGAUCGGCCACCUGCAGACCAACAAGGCGCGCUACGUGGCGCGCUUCGCCAGCGAGUUCCAGGCGCUGGACAGCCUGCGCGUGGCCGAGGCCCUGCAGCAGCGCCUGCAGCUGGAAGACCGCACGCUGGAUGUAUUCGUACAGGUCAACACCUCGGCUGAACCCAGCAAGUACGGACUCGAACCCGACGCGGUCGGCGACUUCGUACAGCAGCUGCCCGCCUUCGAUCGUCUGCGCGCGCGCGGCCUGAUGACCCUGGCAGUGUUCACCCCGGAGGUCGAGCGGGUGCGCGCCUGCUUCGUGCGCCUGCGCGAACUGCGCGACCAGCUGCAGUGCUAUGCGCCCGCCGGUCUCGACCUGUCGCAGCUGUCGAUGGGCAUGUCCGGCGACUUCGAAGUGGCCAUCGAGGAAGGCGCCACCGUGCACGUUGCCUUCGAGGAUCUCGGCACCCUGAAACCGCUGCUGCUGGCGCAGGGCUGGCAGCUGAAGGUGCUGCAGGCCGGUGUCGAUCCGCUCGACGAUGCCGAAGCGGCCGAACUGCUGGUCGUGCUGGGUGGCCCGAUCAGUGCCAACGACACAGAAACCUAUCCCUUCGUCACCGACAGCAUCGCCCUGCUGCAGCGUCGCCUGCAGCAGCAGCGGCCAACCCUGGGCAUCUGCCUCGGCGCGCAGCUGAUGGCGCGCGCGCUCGGCGCCAGCGUCGUUGCCAGUGGCGGCAAGGAGAUCGGUUUCGCGCCACUGCUGCUCACCGAUGACGGCCAGCGCUCGCCCCUGCAGGCCCUGCAGGGCAUUCCGGUACUGCAUUGGCACGGUGAGGGCUUCGAACUCCCGCCCGGCGCACGCCGCCUGGCCAGCACGCCCGCCUGCCGCCACCAGGCAUUUGCCAUCGGUCAGCACGCACUGGGCCUGCAAUGCCAUCCGGAGCUGGACGCGCGCCAGUUCGAACGCUGGCUGAUCGGCCACACCCUGGAACUGGCCCAGGCCGGCAUCGACCCGAACGACCUGCGCGCGCAGGCGCGCCGCUAUGGUGCCCCGCUGGCAGCCGCCGCCACCGCGAUGUUCGACCACUGGCUGCAGGACCUGCCGGAGAUGCCACGAUGA